UAAUGCCAGCCCUCACCCUCGCCCGCCCCACCCUGGGCUCCAAUGUCCCCCUCAAGGUUGUGGUUGAUCCUUUGGUGAUGUUCUCCAUCCUCGACCACGCCCUCCGUCGCCCCGCCGAUUCACAGGAGAGAGUGAUUGGAACUUUGUUGGGUGUCAGGAGCGAAGAUGGUACAGAGGUCGAGAUCAGGAACUGUUUUGCUGUGCCGCAUAACGAAUCAUCCGAGCAGGUUGAGGUCGACAUGGAGUAUCACAAGACGAUGUACGCCCUCCACCAACGCGCAAACCCAAAAGAAGUCCUGGUCGGAUGGUACGCCACCCACCCCUCCCUCAACGCCUUCUCCGCCCUCAUCCAGAAUUUCUACGCUUCCGAAAUUCCCUCCGGGCCUUGUGUUCAUUUGACGAUGUCUACUAAGGCGGGGAAGGAGAUGGCUGUUGAGACGUAUGUUUCGAGUGUUGUCGGUAUCACCCCCGAGCGUGCGGCGGACUCGUGUCUCUUCGUCCCUGUCGCGUCGGAGGUGAGGUACGGGGAUGCCGAGAGAACUGGAUUGGAGGUCAUUGCAUCAGCCAAGGCUUCCAGCACGCGCACUGCGAUCCCAACCUCCGAUAUCUCCGCCCUCGAGCGCUCUAUCACCGAAGUCCUCUCCAUGAUCGACCGUGUCUCCGCCUACGUCAGCCGUGUGCUUAGUGGAAGCGAGAGAGCGAAUAAUGCUGUUGGACGAUUUUUGAUGGAUACGUUGAGUCAAGCGCCGAAGUUGGAUGAGACGGAGGUGGAGAAGAUGUUCAAUAGCCAUUUGCAGGAUGUGUUGAUGGUUGUUUAUCUGGCGGAGACGGUGAGGACGCAGUUGGCCAUUGGCUCCAAGUUGGUUGGGUUGGUGUAAGCGAUGAGGAGCGAAGCGACGCAUGGUUAAUGUGAGAGGUGAACGAAGAGGAGAUACGAUGGGCAAAAAGAGAAGUAAGGUUC